CGUGACACUAUACGGAAGUGACGCAAGCACUCAAAAGAGUUCAGCAUCUGGGAGCAAAACACCAGCCAGCUUCAAUUUAUUUGCCAUCGGGGAUCCAAAGAAGCGUAUUUGCAGACGGCAAUAACAUCUACCGGACUUGGUGGCCAUAAUGAAUCCAGUGUACAGCCCUGCACCAACAGGGGUCCCCUUCACCAACUCCAAGGGUUUAGGCUAUCCAGCUGGCUUCCCUGUUGGUUACGCAGCAGCUGCCCCAGCAUACACUCCAAAUGUCUACCAAGGAGCAAAUCCAGCCUUCUCAAGUGGUUACGCCCCUGGAGCUCCAUUUAAAAUGUCCUGUUCCCCCAACACCGGGACUGUCCCACCAUACUCAUCCUCCCCUAACCCAUACCCAGCUGCUGUAUACCCAGUCAGGAGCACUUACCCCCAACAUAACCCUUAUGCACAGGCGCUGAUCCCUUCACAACAGCAAGGGACUUACUUCACACAGCCACUGUACGCGGCACCACCUCACGUGAUCCAUCACACAACGGUGGUCCAGCCCAACGGGAUGCCCGCGGCCAUGUAUGCUCCAUCCAUCCCUCCUCCCCGCAACAAUGGGGUUGCCAUGGGCAUGGUGGCCGGCACCACGAUGGCCAUGUCAGCUGGAACUUUGCUGUCGACUCCGUCACCGGCACCCGCCACUCUCGCCCCGCACCCCGUCACCAUGCCCACAUAUCGGCCCGCCGGCACGCACAGCUACAGCUAUGUGCCCCCUCAGUGGUGAAGUUGAAUGAGAGUGAGGUGGCCGAUAUGCAUUCACACUCCACUCCAGUGUUUUUUGCUAGCGGUGGUGGACCAACUCUGCCAGCAUCUGCAACCAGUUUGUCUUCUUCCAGUAUAAUGUGAAUCUGAAACCAUGUAGGUCCAUUAGGAUAGGGAGGGGGUAGGAGGCGUCCAUCCACGUCUUAAUGGAAUUAGGCUUCAUUUUCCAUGCCGCACCCCUACAAGCCUGUUGCAUAUCUCACAUCCGGCGGUCUAGGCCUCCAUGCAAUUAUUUAUCCAGGCUGUCAUGCAAAUUUUAGAGUUUUAACUAGCUUGUGGUGAAAUUGGAGUUUGGAGUAAUUUAAUCCCCACUUAUUUUGGAGAGGCGUCUGCUGUUGAAUGCAUGUUCUGUAUGUUAAUAUGUCAAGUAAUGCUAGCUCAAUCGACCUGCUGUGACAGAUGCAAACUCCUUCAAAAGGAUCACAUCCAAAGGACGUGAAAAGUAAUAAAUAUCCGAAGCUGACUUGCCAGUCACCACAUCUUAAAUGUGAAACAAGAUGAGAAGCGUUGAUGCAAAAAAAAAAAAAAAAA